UCCUUCACCUCGGCCCAGCUUUGAAAGAAUCGGGGCCCCUCUGGCCCUCACCCUCCCCGAGAGGGGCCUUCGGCUGAGGGCACCCGGGCAGGGCCACUGGGGAGGGGCGAACGCCAGACUCCCCCCUUCCUCCACUCCCCGCUCCCCUCGCCGCCUGCAGCCUCCCGCGGUGGGAAGCAGAGACUGGCCCGGAGUCCGGAGGCGGCGGGAGGUCGACCGCAACUUCCCCAGUCCACCUUAAGAGGACUAUUUAGUCGGCUCGCGGCGCUGACCUUAGAAAAACAAGUUUGCGCAAAGUGGAGCCAGGGGCCCGGUCUCUGGGCAGCCCCGGCGGCGCUUCCACUGUCCUCCAGCCCUCGCCGGCCGCGCAGCCGCGGCCCAUGGAGCCCGCCCGCCCGGCCCCCGGCCGCCUCGGGCCGCUGCUCUGCCUGCUGCUCGCCUUGUUGAGCGCCUGGACAGGAGCGGCAGGUGAGGAGGGGCUGCAGGUGCUUCAGCCUGAGAGGUCCGUGUCUGUCGCAGCUGGAGAGACGGCCACUCUGCCCUGCACUGCGACCUCUCUGAUCCCCAUUGGGCCCUUCAAGUGGUUCAAGGGGACAGGACCAGCCCGGGAGCUAAUCUACGAUUUCAAAGGAGAUCCUCGGGGCCACUCCCCCCGAGUAACAAAUGCUUCAGAUGCCACAAGGAGAGACAACAAGGACUUUUCCAUCCGCAUCCGGAACAUCACCCCAGCAGACGCCGGGACCUACUACUGUGUGAAGUUCCGGAGAGAGAGCCCUGCGGACGUGGAGUUUAGGUCUGGGCCAGGCACUCAGCUCACUGUGAGUGCCAAGCCCUCUCGGCCCGUGGUCUCAGGCCCUGCGGCGAGGGCCACACCUGAGCAGACAGUGCGCUUCACCUGCAAAUCCCACGGCUUCUCCCCCAGAAACAUCUCCCUGAAAUGGUUCAAAAAUGGCAAUGAGCUCCCAGCCUCCCAGACCAGCGUGGAGCCCGAGGGAAACGUUUCCUACAGCAUCUCCAGCACCACCGAGGUGCUGCUGGCCCCGGGGGAUGUGCACUCCCAGGUCAUCUGCGAGGUGGCCCACGUCACCCUGCAAGGGGGCCCUCCUCUCCGUGGAACUGCCAACUUGUCUGAGACCAUCCGAGUUCCGCCCACCCUGGAGGUUACCCAACAGCCCCCGACGGGGAGCCAGGUGAAUGUCACCUGCCUGGUGAAGAAGUUCUACCCCCAGCGCCUACAGCUGACCUGGCUGGAGAACAGAAACGUGUCCCGGACAGAAACGGCCUCGACCCUCAUGGAGAACAAGGAUGGGACCUUCAACCGGACCAGCUGGCUCCUGGUGAACUCAUCUGCCCACAGGGAGGCUGUGCUGCUCACCUGUCAGGUGGAGCAUGAUGGGCAGCCGGCGGUCACCAAAAACUAUACCCUGGAGGUUGUCACUCACCAGAAGGAGCAGGGUGCAGAUGCAGUCCUUGACAACUCCGACAACUGGAAAAGCAUCUUUAUCACGGUGGGCGUGGUGUGUGCCUUGCUGGUGGCCCUGCUCGUCGCUGCUCUCUACCUCCUCCGAAUCAGACAGAAGAAAGCCAAAGGCUCCACGUCUUCUACAAGGUUGCAUGAGCCCGAGAAGAACGCCAGAGAAAUAACCCAGGUACAGUCCUUGAUCCAGGACAACAAUGACAUUACCUAUGCAGACCUGAACCUGCCCAAGGGGAAGAAACCCGCCCCCAAGGCCGAAGAACCCAACGACCACACGGAGUAUGCCAGCAUUCAGGCCCGCCCACACCCCGGGUCGGAGGCCAACCUUACCUAUGCUGACCUGGAUAUGGUGCACCUCAACCGGGGCCCCAAGCAUCCAGCCCCCAAGCCUGAGCCAUCCUGCUCGGAGUAUGCCAGCGUCCAGGUCCGGAGGAAGUGAACAGGGCUGUGGUCAUCUCUAGGGUCUAUCCCCAUGAGCCUUCCUGUCCCACAGCGGACAGCCGCGAUGAGGACAGCCAGCCCAGUUCUGGGAGGGCCGGGGUGGCCCGGGCCCUGGGACUCAAGAGUGAGGGUAGCUCUUGUCUCCCCAACCCAGUUGGCUCUCCAGCAUUUCCAGGGCAGCCGUGCCCCCCCACCCCCCACCGUGCGGCUAUACGUGGAAGCUGGCGUGGCCACACCAGGCGGCGAACCCACCUGGGAACUGGCCAGAGCCGCUGGGAGUGCGAGAAGCCUCAAACCUCUGUCCAUCAACUGUGGGUCUUGGUCCUGGUCUUGGAGACCCCUGACUGCCUCCUUGCCACGCCACCGCCGCAGCCUGAUCUUCCAGAGUGAGGAGGGAGGGAAAAAAACCCUCCUCCGCCGCCCAGCACCAUCCAACUGGGACUUGGGGAAAGCUUUCCCUUUUGAUCGAAUUGCCCAUCCAUGGAGAAGCUGGGAAAAAAAAAAAAAAAACUCUGGGACCCCAUCCUGAGCCUUGGUGAGGUUGCUGCCAGCAGUUCGAGCCUCCUCAUGCCUGGACGGACCAGCCACAAGCCCUGGGCAGGAGAGGACCCUCCGAGGAACUCCUCCACCCCCGAGGACCGAGGGACAACCCCCCGCCUCCUCGGCUCCCGGAGGACCCGUCGUCCCCACCGUGACACUCCACGUGGCCCCACCUCUCCUCGCCAGACCCCAGCUCGCUUCCUCCAGCUAGCACUAACUCACAACAUCUCGCUGUGGACGCCUGUAAAUUAUUGAGAAACGUGAAAUGUGCAAUCUUGAAACUGAGGUGUUAGAAAAUUUGAUCUGUGCUGUUUUGUUCUCUUUUCGUUUUUGUUUUUUUUUUUUUCUUUUCUCUCUCUCUCUUUUUUUUUUUCUUAAAACAACAGCAGCGUUAUCCUGGCUCUUUGUCAUGUGUUGAAGUAUGUGGUUGGUCUCACGCAGUCUAAGGUGGAACAGUUGCUUGUCCUAGAGGGAUUCCCUUACAGCCGAAACGGAGUUCCUCUCCAAGUCCCAGAGCCCUGAGGGUGGGAGAGAGGGUUCCAGGUUGGCUGCUCCAUGGAGACACCUGGCCUUCUCUCUGCAUGGCUGGUACUACUGCCUUCCCAGCGCCCCCAUGUGGUAAGUCUGAACCUGCCCUGUGCGCCACCUGGCUGCCUCCUUCUCGGGGCAGUCGGGUCGGGACCUACCGCCUCAGUCUGCUCACCUGUAAAGAGGGGAGAGGCGAGAUGCCUGCCCCCCCAUCUCUCACACGCACUUUAGGGCCAUGCAGGGUAGGAAGCGUGCCUGGCUGUUUGCCCCAGCCUUUAGUGACCUUCCCCUCUUCCAGCUCCCAGAGCUCAUCUCUGAAGGUGGAAUCUUCCAUUUCUGCUCCCAUACCCUAUUGGGAUCAAACUGGAAUAAAUCGAAGACAGCCAGGAGGCCUGGGCAGCUGUGAAGCCAGGACUGACCUGCCUCCUGUCCCUCUGUCUCAGAAGGUUGGGCAGUGGCUGUGCCCUGGUUACCCUCGGACCGACCCUUCCAACUCAAUGUGGACCCAGGGCGGGCAGGCAUUGCAAGCCUGGUUUGUUGGGUCUUCACGUGUAAUUGAUCUGCUCUCGGAGUUCAGAUGCUCAUCGUCACUGUCCCCGGGGUCCAGCCCCAUUUGAUGGCUAUGGGCUUCCCCGCCCAGGCUGUCAGAGCCAGAAGUUGAGCCAUCCUGCCCAUCAGCAGGUCCUCUAAGCAGAACCCCGGGAGCCCAGCACAGACCCAGCUCGCUAUUUUACACGAUGGCAUCUAGGCAUCGGCUGAGCCAGCAGGCCACGUGGACAGCUUUGGCCCCAUGAGCCAGAGUUUGUCUGUGGCAUCUGGGAGCACAGUGGUCCAGCCACCUGGCACGGGCUAGUUCCAGAUUCCAAAAGGUUGGCUUGUAAACCUCAGCCUGCCUCUCUUCUGCCCAGAGAAGAGGACGCGUGUGAGCACACGCACGCACGCACGCACGCAGCAUUUUACAAGUCUUCUCGGUUUCCUCGGUGCCAUUUUCAUUUUAUUUUAUUUUGACUUUUGGAAGGGGAGUAGGGAAUGAGGCCAAGGAAGUCACGUAGUGUAGCUUCAGCCCGGAGCCUGAGAGUCCCAUACCUUGUGUAUCGAACCCCAGGAAAAGGAAGCAGUCGAAACAACAGUGCGGAAGGAGCGUGGUUUCGGGAGUUUAUUUUCAGACUGCAGGGAAGGAAACAGGCCCCAUUUUGUAUAUAGUUGCAACUUAAACUUUUUGGCUUGCAAAAUAUUUUUGUAAUAAAGAUUUCUGGGUAACAACGGC